AUGUCAACAUCUUAUUGUAGAGAUUUUUAUGUAAAUGAAAUAGAUAAAAUUGAUGUAUUAAUUGAAAAAAAGAAAAAGUCAUUGUUACAUUUGGAGCAAGAAAGAUCAGAAUUAAAUAAGCAAAUAAGGAUUUUAAGGGAAGAAAUUUCUAUAGUGCAAGAACCGAGUAGUAAUGUAGGAACUGUAUCAGAGAAGAUGGGGAAUAGACAAGUAAUUGUGAAAACAAGCCCCGAUGGAAAGUAUUUGGUAAAAGUUGAACCACAUGUUAAUUACGAUGAAUUAAAACCGGGUGUUCGUGUUGCCCUUAGAAGUGACAGCUAUGAGGUGCAUAGAAUUCUUCCUCUAAAAGUCGAUCCUCUUGUAUCUUUAAUGAUGGUAGAGAAAGUCCCAGAUUCCACAUAUGCUAUGAUUGGUGGAUUAGAUGAGCAAAUAAAAGAAAUUCAAGAAGUUAUAGAACUUCCUAUUAAACAUCCUGAACUCUUUGAAAAUCUCGGUAUUGCCCAACCAAAAGGAGUUCUUCUUUAUGGGCCACCCGGUACAGGAAAAACUUUAUUAGCCAGGGCUGUAGCUCAUCACACAAAAUGUAAGUUUAUUCGAGUCUCUGGUUCAGAAUUAGUACAAAAGUACAUUGGAGAAGGAUCUAGACUUGUUAGAGAGUUAUUUGUGAUGGCAAGAGAACAUGCUCCUUCAAUAAUAUUUAUGGAUGAAAUUGAUUCUAUUGGAUCUUCUAGAACAGAUUCUUCUUCAGGAGGAGACAGUGAAGUACAAAGAACUAUGUUAGAACUUUUAAAUCAACUUGACGGGUUUGAGUCUCAACAAAAUAUUAAGGUGAUAAUGGCCACAAAUAGGAUUGAUAUAUUAGAUUCUGCGUUAUUGCGUGCUGGUAGAAUUGAUAGGAAAAUUGAAUUUCCACAACCUAAAGAAUCUGCUAGAUUAGAAAUUUUAAAAAUACAUUCUAAAAAGAUGAAUCUUACAAAAGGCAUUGAUUUGGAUUCUAUUUCUAGAAAGCUUGUAGGUUCUUCUGGUGCAGAAGUUAAGGCUGUCUGUACAGAAGCUGGUAUGUUUGCAUUGAGGGAGCGAAGAGUUCAUGUGACACAAGAAGAUUUUGAACUGGCUGUUUCGAAGGUGAUGAAAAAGGCUACAGAUACUAGUAAUGACUUAAGAAAGUUAAUGAAAUAA